CAACAUGAGCACAGGGCCUAGGAAACAGGCUGCCUUCAUCCAGGGAAACCAGAGCACGAUUGAACAUGGUGCUUCUCACUCAGCGCUCUUCUACCUUUUCCAAGAAGUUUCCAAGCUGGCAUCUCCCGUUCACCACGGCUUCCUGGACACAAAUCCGCCCUCCGCAUGGCUACACGAGACUUCUAGACAUGCUCCUCUCAUAGUCGAAAAAAAGGAAGAGGAUGGACAUCUGUUUAAAAUCUCUAAUGGUUCCUGCCAGUAUAGUUUGUCACCUUAUAAACGGAUGAAAAGGGUGAAGGAGGAGAGUCACAGCAGCAAGGUCACAACUGUGGUUGAGCCGCAUCCUAAAUGCAACAGCCCCUGGAAAGCACUGAGUCUGAUCAAUCUGCAGUGUGAGAGGCUCCUCUAUCAAGGAGAUGUGGAAUCAGAACCAAGUUUACUAUCAUCUACCACAACAUUAGGCCAUUCAAUAGACAAAUCAUCGACUGUCACAACAGAUGUAAUGGAUCAGGGAGUCGGCGGUGUAAGCGUUGAAUGCACUCUGAGACCAUCCCUUCUUAUCUGCGAGAGGCAAGAAAUCCCAGCCUGUCUUGCGGAAGGUGUGAGAGGGAACUGCAGAGCCAGAAGUUAUAAACCACAGUGCCGUGUGAACGACUCCAAGGUGGGCUGCUGUGUUCAGUCACAGGCGGCCGAAAAUGUUUCAUUGCUCAAUGUUGACAGAAAAUGUGAGUGUAACCAGGAGUGUAAGAAGGUCUCUUCUGAACAAGAUAUUUUGCAUGCAUCCAUCUCUGAAAAGUUUUUUCCACAAACGCACGUCCCCUAUGCAUUCCUUGAUGCCCAGCUGACUUUUAAUUCAAAUAAAGAUGCAAAUGUGGCUCUGUCAAUGCCAGCACUGGACCACAAUUCAAACCUUGCUUUGACUGCACAGCCCCCGUGUGACACUCAGCUCCCCCCUCCGAACCCCAUCCUGCCUCCGCGAUCAGCAUCGCUUUUAUUUGGCACUACAGAGAAGAGUCAGUCCCUCGCAAAAAGAGAUGACAAAAUUGCAUCAUCAGAACCAGAAUGUACAAACCCCUCACCGUCUGCCACAUCAAAAACGCAACAGAGGCCACUACAAAACGGGGAAAUUGCGUCUCCAUCUCCACAGCGGUGGAGAACCAAGACUCCAAGAAAACAACCUCAUCCCAGGCGCAGUGCGGAUAUCCAGGACCCAGACUUCCAGGGAGUGACGUUCAGGAUGGACAGAGAGCUGCAGGACGACAACAGGGAACAGUGUCGGCUACUCAUAACUUCAAACUACAGCAAGGAGCUCCGCAGGAGUGUGAGGAAGCCGAGGCUGAGAAAGCGGACGUCCCAGAAAUCCAGUAAAACCAGCAGCUCUGAUGAGGAUAGUUACCUGACAUCCAGCGUUUCGAUUUCAAAAGAGGGUAAAGUGUGUGCAUCAUGCUGCACCAGGAAGACCCCCAUGUGGAGGGAUGCAGAGGACGGGACCCCACUCUGUAAUGCCUGUGGAAUAAGGUAUAAGAAGUACAGAGUGCGCUGUGUCAAAUGCUGGCAUAUCCCCAGGAAAGAGGGCAACUCCAACUCGUGCUGCCUCAAGUGUGGAAACUUUGUGAGGCUGACCUCAGCUCAGCGGAAACACAACGCCUAGAGAGACACACUCGGAGCAAAGGCUUUUGCAUCCACACGUGACAAAGCUCUACACGCAUUUGCACACAACAGUCCAAGACUACACUCUCUGCUCCCGUACUUCUUUGUCCUCUACCGGGAAUGCAAACAUAGAGGAGCAGCACCAGCUUCUUACUUGACUCAGUAUUUAAAUUAGUGUCACUGUGACACUGUUGUACCUCAGGAAAUGGCACUAACUUCAUGUUGGCUCUAUGGCCACUCUUAAGAUGCUGUAUACACCAGGGAACAACAUAAAAAGAAGAAGAAAAAAACUUCAAAAAUUGAGGACCUCUGAAAAAAACGACCUGUAAUUGAAUGUUUACAGCACUGAUCGGUCCAUUUGUGCUCAAACCUGUUUGUAGCAUCUGUGACAGGAUUUAUAAAGCGUUCCUGUUGCAUUCAUGGCAUCCUGAAGGGAUAAGAAGUGGACACAUUCAGUGGAAAAUGUUUUUCUCAUCUGAAUAGCUCCAGCGUUACUUUGGCCGCAGCAGAAAGUUAUUUUUGCGCAGAACCACGAACUGCAACCUGAGCUCAGUGCUGCGUUCACUGUCAUCAACUGCAGAACGAUUCACUUCUCAGGACCUUUCGACAGCAAGGCUGUCUGCUAUUUCUAUGGAUAGAUAGAUAGAUUUGCAUGCGUUAAAUUAAGUUAUUUGUCGUCUUUUGUCAUUGAUUCUAAUUGUGGUUUGUUUGGGGGUUUUUAUGGUUCAUUUGGGUUGCUGCCGGUUUAAAUUGGUGCACGGAUUUCCUCAUUAUUGCUGUUUUGUGUGAUAAGAAUGUAAAUAGAUGGUCUGUGUGUGUGUUGUGUGU